AUGACUGCAGAGAAGAGUCCGUUCCUGUCCGGUGGACCGACCCGCCGGGACCGUCUCCCCGUGUUGGUCGGGCCGCUGGUGGGCGUCCUGGCCGCCCUGGUGUGCGGGAUCAGCGUGCUGACGGGGGUGGUGGUGGAAGGUGCAGGUUUGGGUGCGGAUGUCGUCAGUACGAGUCAGGAUGAGGCUGUGCGAGUCAAGAGACAAGCUAUCGGCUCUUCCGGGCUGUUCGACCGCUGCGCUCAAGGUCCUCCUGGGCGAGACGGUCGGGAUGGACUAGCCGGACAGCCCGGGACAGACGGACAGCCCGGGACGGACGGACAGCACGGGCGGGACGGACGGGAUGGCGUUCAAGGUGUGGCUGGACCAGCAGGACCUGUGGGCUUGCAGGGUCCACCCGGGGACAAGGGAGACACAGGACCGCCGGGAAGAGACGGGGCGCCAGGCGCAGGAGGAAGUGUGUACAUCCGAUGGGGGAGGAAGACUUGCGCUGAUAACGGCGGAGCAGAGUUGGUGUACUCGGGUGUUGCGGGAGGCACAGAUUACACUCAGUCAGGCGGCGGGACCAACUACCAGUGUCUGCCGACCGACCCACAGUGGGGACUGUACCAAGAUGGAGUCCAGGGGGAGAAGUCUUACAUAUACGGCGCUGAGUAUGAGUUGAAUACAAACGUUCCGUUCGGCUCCACCUCCCUUCACGAUAACGACGUCCCGUGUGCGGUCUGCUACGUCCCAACCCGCGGCAGUAAGUUAAUGAUCCCCGCCCGUAACACCUGUUAUAGCGGCUGGACCCGCGAGUACCAUGGCUACCUCAUGGCUGGUUACUACGGCCACCACGGGUCUAAAGAGUACGUCUGUGUGGAUGAACAGCCUGAGGCCGUACCUGGUGGACACGCGGACCAUAACGGAGCGCUGUUCUACCCCGUGGAAGCCCGCUGUGGGUCCUUGCCGUGUUCCCCUGGCCACUACGUGGAAGGGAGGGAACUCACCUGUGUCGUCUGC